AUAAUAAUUAUGUGAAAUAUUGAAAAUAUGAAAUAUUUGUAUUGUAUAUAUUUAUAAUGUUUGCACACACGUGUUGAAUCAUCGUGAUUUAUCAUCACGUAAGGAGUACGUCAGAUUAAUGACUAGUUAUGUUUUAAUAAGUGGAUGUUCAAGUAUUUAUAUAUCAUGGUUAUAAAUUAAAAUUAUUUGAAGAAUGAAUGACAAUUACGAACAAUUGACUGUCAAAGAUGUAACUAGUUAUGUUGCAUCCUUAACAAUAAUAUUUGGUGGUAUUAUUCCAUAUAUACCACAAUAUAGAGAAAUUAAAAGGAAAAGAGAUGCUGAAGGAUUUUCUUUAUAUGUUUGUUUGACAUUAUUAAUUGCAAACACACUUCGUAUUUUAUUUUGGUUUGGUAAACAUUAUGAGACACCUCUUUUAAUUCAAAGUAUUAUAAUGAUCAUUACAAUGUUUACUAUGAUCAAACUUUCUGUCAAUGUACAUAACAAAAGUCAAAUAAUUAAAUUAAAAGAACGAGUAUUUACAGAUUUGGAGACAAGAUUCUUUUGGAAAUGGACAGAUUUUCAAUCUUAUUUGGAUUUUAUGCUAUUAUUUGCUAUUAUGGGUGGAAUAUUAAUGUAUUGGUUUAUAGACGUACCAAUAUUUGUUGAAAUUGUUGGUUUUCUUGCAGUAUUAAUAGAAGCAAUGCUUGGAAUACCACAAUUUUUACGUAAUUUUUAUAACAAAUCUACGAGUGGAAUGAGUAUAACGAUGGUUAGUAUGUGGACAAUGGGUGAUAUUUUUAAGACUUGUUAUUUUAUAUUACGAGAUGCUCCAGUUCAAUUUAAAGUAUGUGGUGCACUUCAAAUUUUAAUAGACAUUGCAAUACUAACACAAGUUUAUAUUUAUGAAAAGAACUCAUCAAUUCAUUCUCAAGUUAUUGCACGAGUUGAUUAGUUAGAAAUAUAUUAUUCAAUUAGAUUUCAUUUUUAUAAAGAUUAUUUAACAACAAGUGUGCAAUAAAUUAUUUUUGUAAGUUUGUAUAAAUGUAACUUGUAUAAACGCAUGUUUUUAUGUAAAUAUGUGAACAACUAAUAUUUCAAGGUCCAACAUAGAUAAAAUUGUAUGUCAAUUUUUGAUAAUCAUUUUAAUACCAAUAAUUAUUAUUUCAUA